CUCAACAACAAUAUACUCGGCACGAUGGAAGUUCCUCCAGCUUACUCCGAUCUAGGCAAAGCAGCCAAAGACAUUUUCAGCAAGGGUUACGGUUUUGGAAUUAUUAAACUGGACCUCAAGACUAAAUCUCAGAAUGGAGUGGAGUUUAACUCAUCUGGAUCCAGUAACACUGAUACAGGAAAAGCAGGUGGGAGUUUGGAGACCAAAUAUAAGAUGAAGGAUCUGGGAUUGAGUUUGAAUCAGAAGUGGAACACAGACAACGUGCUCAGUACAGAGGUGUCUGUAGAAGACCAGCUGGCACAGGGGUUGAAAGUGGCAUUAGAUACUUCUUUUGUACCAAACACAGGCAAGAAGAGCGGUAAACUGAAGACCGGCUACAAGCGUGAUUUUGUCAACCUGAGCUGUGACAUUGAUUUUGAGGGUCCAGUUGCGCAUUCUUCAGCUGUUAUGGCUGAUUCUGAUUCUGAUUCUGAUUCUGAAGGCUGGCUUUUGGGAUACCAGAGAGCCUUUGACACAGCCAAGUCCAAACUCGUGCAAAACAACUUGGCUCUGGGCUACAAGACUGGAGACUUUCAGCUUCACACCAACGUUAAUGAUGGAGCAGAGUUUGGAGGAUCCGUCUAUCAGAAAGUAACCGAUCAGUUGGAGACCGCCGUCACGCUGGCCUGGACUGCCGGCAGCAACAACACACGCUUCGGAGUCGCUGCCAAGUACCAGCUGGACAAAGACACCUCUUUAUCUGCCAAAGUGAACAACGCCAGUUUGAUUGGAGUUGGUUACACUCUGAGACUACGGCCUGGAGUAAAACUCACACUUUCUGCCCUCAUUGAUGGAAAAAACGUCAACACCGGUGGACACAAGGUUGGACUGGGCUUUGAACUCGAAGCGUAGCUGCUGUAGUGCAUUAAAAGAAGAUAUGAGGCUCCUCCUGAAAUGAUUAACCCCUCUACCUCUCCUGCAUCACACACACUUACACCCGAUGACUUAAAUACGUAGCGGCAAGAUGAUGAUUACUGUUUUUUGGAGUCUCAAUCGACCGUAAGAUCUGGUCUUCUACGGGACAUUUUGGUUGUUAACCUCAUUUAUUCCGUUCAGAGAUUUAAUGAGGACAGUUUUUGUGUAGAGCACCUGCAAAAUCUAAAAUACACGAGUAGCGAUAGAGUGCAAAUGUUUUUUGUUAAUCACUAUUUUUGUUUCGUUUUCCACAAAAAAUGAUUAAACAGUCUUAAAACAAGAUAUGUUUACUAUGUGGAAAAAAAAUCUUAAUAUGUCAUAAAUUAUGUGUAUUUUUCCUACCUCAUUAACAAAUAUUUCCUCUUGUUUGAACCAUAACCCUCACUAAAUGUUGUUAAAUAUACGCUUAAAACAAGAACAACAAUUUGCAAAUUGGGUGAGAUAAAAAGUCUUAUUAUUAGCUGACACGAUUUUGCUUCUCAAGUAAAUGUAUCUUGUUUUAAGGAUAUUUAUUCUGUUAGCAUUGUUACUGUUUUUGAGCAUGAUAAACCCAUGUGUUUGAUUUAGCACUAUGAGAGAAAGCCAUCAAUUGCAUGGCAUUUGUUAUAGUUAUGUCUUUUCAAUUAUAUCAACUGGUUGGGACCUGUGAUCACACUACCACGUUGCAUUAGAGUGACAUUGCACUUUUUUAGAUGCUAUCUAGUUACGAAUAAGUUCACAGGAAACCAUAUAGACAGGAUGUGUAUUUUAAGCACAUGCAACACUUUCUUAGACUCUCAUUGAUGGUAAGAGAGAGACUUGACGCUGAGAAAAUGCUCUUCAUCUGCAAACCACAUAAAAAAUGUACUGUUGUUUGAAUGAGGGAGUUAAGUAACAUUUUUGCCUCAUGUGAGUCACUUUGUGGGCACCGAAUUUUAAACGUUGAACAUACCAAUUGCUUUUUCAAACAUUUAAUUGAAUCCAAUUUACUCAUGCUGCUUGUGUUUCUUAAAUGACGGCCAUUAUAUUAUUAUGACACUCAUUUUACUUUUAUCUUUUUACCUUUUAUUUAGUUUUAUCAGAAUGUAGUACCUCAUUUUUCAGCCAAAAUGUAAAAAUUUGAAUAAAUGACGAAAAACAAUAUGGCG